CCGCACCUCGGCACCCCGCGGCCCACGCGCCGGCAAUACACUGCUACCUGGGAGCCAGGAAUCCUUUUAAAGACGGUGAUCCAGCGGACACGGACAACCCGAUUGCACGGUGGCAUGACCAGUGCUGCUCCGAGGCCUUGUCCUCAAGAACCUUAUGGAAGAGAAGACGCUUGGCAGUUCCUUCUAGAGAUGGGGAGAAGAGAUGUCUGGACCGAAACAUGGUCACGGACUGGACGAGACGCCCGCUGCUGUGGUGGACGAGCCCUUUAGGUGCAAUACCUGCGAGAGCCAGUUCCCUUCCCAGCCGCUGCUGGACACCCACUGGACAGAGAACCACAUCAAGAAGGAAGUGCUCGAGGAAACGACACCCGAGCGUGAAGGCAAGAGCCUCCACUGCGAGAACUCCUCGAGCCAGCUUCCCGAGAAAGAGGCAGAUGACAGUGACUGCCCUGCGGUGAAGCGAGAGCCUGAGGAAGCGUCGGAACAGGAAGGCGAGAGUCUCCACUACGAGAGCACUUCAGGCGAGCUCUCCGAAAAGGAGCAAACUGAUGGCGGCAGCCAUGCAAUGAAGCAAGAGCCUGUGGAGACGCACGGUGAAGGCGAGGGCAUCAACUGCAGCUACUGCGACGCUUGGUUCGCCUCCCAGCAGUUGUUGACUGCGCACAAAUGGAGGGCGCACCGGCAGGGCUUCAAGCACCGGUGCCGCUUCUGCUCCUACACCAGCCGCAGGAACUCUUGCCUCACGAAGCACGAAAGGAUUCACACCGGAGAAAAACCCUUCAGCUGCAAAGUCUGCAAGAAGGCGUUCACGCAGAAAAACCACCUGACCAGCCACGAGGUGGUGCACGCGACCGAAAGGCCCUUUGCCUGCGAGCUCUGCCCCAGAAAGUUCCCGCUGGAGGUUAGCCUGAGAGCCCACGUGAGGUUCCACGUGAGGCCCUUCAAGUGCGACGUCUGCGGAAAGACCUACGCGGAGCGGAGCCACCUGGCUGUUCAUCAGAGGACUCACGGCAUCGAGAGGUCCUACAGAUGCAAGACUUGCGGGGAGACGUUUUCGAGAGGAGAUUACCUGGCGGCCCACCGAAAAGUGCACACCGAUGACUUUGUCUGCAACAUCUGCGGGCGGGAAUUCAUCACGCCUUUCAACCUGAGGCGACACAAGAGGGUGCACGCCCGUGGCAAGCCUUAGAUUGCAAUGGUGGCACGUGUCCCUGGAAUGUGGCUGUGUGCCAAUGCCAGCUUGGCAAAAACAGAUUUUUCCUAUUUUUUCUUUUUAUUUCGAAAUAAGUUUUAAUGGAUCUGGCCUGCUUUGUGACCUGGCAUUGUGAAGUUGGAUUCGGCGAUGUCUCGUUAAUAUUUACACCUUCGUUCCCCUCGAAAAUCAUUCAUUAUGCGAGUUGUUCAGAAUAAAAAAAUUUUUUGUUUAUAUAGCAGGCAAUUGUAAUAAUGAGGUCCGUAUAAAUGAGACAUGACUGGAUCCUAACCACAUUUUAAAAAUGUAUCCACUACAAGGAGGUUAUAUUACAACUUCUGGAGUGGAGACGCCAAGAACGUCGACAGUCACCAUCUUGCUCGGGGCAGAAAACGGUCCGACGCACCCUGUGGCGUAGGACCAAGGUUUGUAAUGUGAUGUGCGGCAUUUCAUUGUGAAGUAACGGCAGCCAUUUCUGAAGUCGGUGGUAAGCUCCUGUGUCGCUAUCGACUGUGUAAAUUGCAUGCAAACGCCAGGAAUUACUUUUCAUGUGCAAGUAUAUAUAUGCAGCAAACACGCUGCAACCAAUCUUGCUUGCUCGCUAUAGUUUACUACUGUAUGUGAGCAGGCUCAUGGGAGAAAGCUCAAUGAUUAUGUGCAUUUGAACGGCAAAAUGGAGCCUUAAACAUGUUUGCACGUUGCAGGUUUCCCAAAGACCGCACUCAGUGUGUUGCGAGGGAGCGUGCUGUUCAACGGGGGAAUGAUUGGUUGUCUAAUACUGGCAUUCUGUGUUCGGUAUACUUCGAAGAUAACUGCUUUGACACAAGCGGUCAAGCGAGAAGACUUUGAUCAGGUAGCAUUCCAACUGUGUUUCCUGCCUUUCCAGCAUGCCUGCAGAAAGAUGCGAGUAUUGUAACGAUUGUGGACACUUAUUUUGUAUUUCAGUUAGUUGCAUCUAAAACUCGAGACGGUGUGCUUAUAACAGCCGUGCAGUUGCAAAACAAGUAUUAUAAACGACGUUAUUUUCGUGAGCUUGAUAUUUCUCUAAUUUUUCAGUGUGCCGGUUUUGGUGAUAGCUCACGUGCACAAAUUUUCGCGAUCGUGAGAGGUAUGCUAUGUGUUCAUUACGAAAACAUUAAGUAGGCUGAAUACAACUGGAUAACAAGUUGCUGUGAAGGAAAAGUAGUUGGAAUUGAAUCAUUUGAGGGUUUGAAAACUGUUUUGUGGAAAAAUUGAGUAUUUUUUUACAGAUUUUGCCUCUAUCAGCAGCCUGCCGGGAAGCAAUGACAACUUAUUUAGUUAAUUUACUGUGUUCAGCUCAUCAUCGUGAGCGUUGUUUUUUGUAAGUACUGUAAAGAAAUAAACAAGCUCAAAAAGAAAAAACUGGUAAAAAAUAUUUUUUGGUUCUUCAACUCGGCCUAGAUGCUUCUGUAAUAUUUCAGAGGUAGCUCCAAAGUUAUAAAAUAUCCCAGAAAAAGGAAUCCAACGUGUCUGAAGGGGCCUUGGAGUAAAGCAACGGAGCUCUGCUAGCGCCCUUUCCAGUGCCGCCUCCCUUUUGCCCCAAGCAAGAUGGCCGCUGACCGGCAAAACUGGCUUCACCCGGUCGCACGGGAGAGUGCAAGAGACUGCCACUCCAGAAGUCUUGUAUAACCUCCUCGGUCCACUAUUAUCCUUUGUGACAUGGACAAAGAAACAAACCUGGUUCCGACGAUUAUUGCUUCCACCCGUUUUUGUUGCUUGUUUGCUACUGGGACAAGCAUUUUGUGUAGGGCACUCAGUUCGGCCUUCCCAACACCUGUGCAGCAGGAGUGGCACAUUUGGUAGUUUUCCCUGUGGUGCUCUUGUGUUGCGCUGGAGGGAGUGGAUUAACAUGGAAUAAACACGGAGACACAAUCUCCA